UAGUAACUUCAGUGGUGCAAGCAAGACAGCCUCAGAGAUCAGCAGCAGGUCUUGAAGGAUCUGGGCUGUUUUGACAUUUUGCAAACGAAGUUAUCCGAGGAUUCCCUCUUCAAGCUCGGUGGACUAUCGUCAUUAUCAGGAUGAAAGUGGUUUCCUUCGCCCUGGUCUACCUGGCCUCCGUCUCCGUCUUCGGGGUGAAGACAGCCAAAUUGGACGUUGCAUCAGAUUUCAAGAGAAGGUGGAGUAAGUGGGCAGUGAGCCGCGUCAGGCGGGACCUGACAUCUGCCGCCGCGCUGCUCAGCACGGGACAAGCGGCUGAUGCAAACGUGCCGUCAGUCAUCCGCACCCAGGACGUGAAAGGCGAGUCCGGAAUGGCGCAGCCCAGCCGCCCCGAGGUUGGCCGCAUCCGCGUAAAGCGCUACCGCCAGAGCGUCAACUCCGGCUCCUCAUUCCAAGCCCUGCGUAUCGGAUGCAGACUGGGGACGUGCAACACGCAUAACCUGCAGCAGAAGAUCUUCCACCUAAAUGACAAGGACAAGGACAGCCACCACCCGCCCAGAAAGAUCAGCGCGCACGGCUACGGCCGCAGGCGGCGCUCUCUGGCGGACAUUCGCGCGCGCGCCCCCUCCGCAGCUUCGCAGCGCAGCGACGGCGUCGCCAGCAGCAGCAGCAGCAGCGCCCUCUCCCGCCUGGUACGUGCGCUUGCCGCCCAGCGCCCCGCUCGGCCGUCGCGCAGCCGCCUCCUUCGCAAGAUAUAGGCGUCGCAGCGGGUGCGCCGGUGAGCUCUAACCAGGGAAGAAGCGAGCGACAGCGGAGAAGCGCGGGCGAGCGCCGCUCCAGCAGCUCGGUGACUACCGGCAAGAACGGGAGGCUGAGCGUCGCAUUCCCGGAGGAAAGAGGCGUGCCCUUGCCCAGGGGACGAGGCGAAGGGACUCUGGACCGCGCUCUGCGGAGCAGGCACUGCAGACCUCUCGCAGGCCGCCCUUCUUCUCCCUCCCUCCCGCAGUCAGCGCUCGGCGGCGGCGGCGACAGACUCGUUCCCGCUCCGUAUUGACUUCUCUCCCCCCUCACGGCAGGGAAUUGGCUACUCGCAAGCCCCUCCCUCGGCGGCAGGGACUACCUUUUAUACUUGAACGGCCCGGCCAGGCGAAGUGCAAUGGACUCUCGGUGUGUGCGGUGUGGCUGAGUGAGUGGCUGGGUGGGUGUUUUGGCAUGAAAGAAGAAGUUAGCCAUAUUUAAAACAAAAGAAAAAAGUUUCUCCUCUCCCUGUAAUCUUUAAAGUACAGAAUUAUUUUUAUAUGUUUUAUAUAUAUAUAUAUAUUAUAUAUAUAGUGUAUGGGCAUUAUUUUUAAUAUUCCCUGUUAUUUUUUUAAUAUAUUGAGAAUCGUAACCUUUGUUUUCAGCAGUGGCGGCACCAGGGGGGGAAUAUGAGUAAGGAAAAUUUUGCAGUUCUGGAUCACAGCCCAAUUGUAAUUUCCAGUCUAGGAUUUAGUUUAAUUUAUAUCUGAAAGUGCCUUUCUUAGAACAACCACAUGGGUCCAGCCAGCAACAGGGCAGGUGGAAGAUACAAGCUACUUGCCGGGGCAGCAGAGGUGUUUCCACCUUUCUGGUGCCGCCUGUCAUUUUCAUUUGGUCUAUGUUAUUGGUUUUGAUUGCCUCAUUCUUUCCUUUAUUUGUCAUGCUUUAACACAUUCCAGACUGGUAAAAGAUGUAUCACUGUUCUCCAAUACAUGGAGGAAAAUAAACAUUAUCACAAAAACAAA